CAACUUGAGCUAGACAAUCAAGCAGAGCUGAUCAGAGCCAAACCCAGCAAACAUCAUGUCAGAGAAAAAGAACUGUAAGAACUCCUCUACAAAUAACCAGACUCAAGACCCUUCUAGAAAUGAGCUACAGGUCCCUAUGAGCUUCGUGGACCGCGUUGUGCAAGAUGAACGAGACGCCCGAAGCCAGAGUUCCUCCACAAUAAAUACCCUCCUUACCUUGCUCGAUUGUCUUGCUGGCUACGUCAUGGAGCGGGUAGGCUUGGAGGCCGACAACAAUGGCAGCAUGAGCAACACUUCACAAGAUGGGGAGAGAGAAGUGGACAAUAACCGUGAGCCCCACCACGCUGAGAGUGAUGUGACUCGCUUUUUGUUUGAUGAGAUGCCCAAAUCCAGAAAGGAUGACUGAAGACUGGGUCCCAGAGCCUUGAAGGGAUCCUCACAGGCUUAGCCAGGGCAAAAAUGUGUCACAGCUGAGGAAUAGCUGCUGUUGUCAUCAACAAGUGCUAUUAAAGGAUGUAAAU